UUCUCCUCCAGUCCCCUCCCCUGCAGGACUAUCACCCGCAGCCUCCGCACCUGUUUUGUUGUCUUUAAGGGUGGGGUUUGCCCCGCUCCCCAAGCUCCCAUCUCUGAUCCUCCCACCCUCACCCGCCCACCCCGCGAGUGAGUGCGGUGCCCAGGCGCGCUUGGCCUGAGAGGUCGGCAGCAGACCCGGCAGCGCCAACCGCCCAGCCGCUCUGACUGCUCCGGCUGCUCGCCCGCGCGGCGCGGGCUGACCUCGACCCUCGGAGCGGACGGAACCGGACUUGCCUUUGGGGACCUUCCAGGGCCCUCUCCAGGUCGACUGGCUUACCAUCGGACAGACGGACUGCACACGUCUUGUUUCCGCGUCUCCGCAGAAACGCGAGGUCCGGGUUGUAGACUCUUGCGCUGGUUGCAGGCCAAGUGGAACUGUAUUGAAAAUGGGUCCAAUAGGUACAGAGGCUGAUGAGAACCAGACAGUGGAAGAAAUGAAGGUGGAACAAUAUGGGCCACAAACCACUCCUAGAGGUGAACUGGUCCCUGAUCCUGAGCCAGAGCUUAUAGAUAGUACCAAGCUGAUUGAGGUACAAGUUGUCCUCAUAUUGGCCUAUUGCUCCAUCAUCUUGCUUGGGGUAAUUGGCAACUCCUUGGUGAUCCACGUGGUAAUCAAAUUCAAGAGCAUGCGCACAGUAACCAACUUUUUCAUCGCCAAUCUGGCUGUGGCAGAUCUUUUGGUGAAUACUCUGUGUCUACCAUUCACUCUUACCUACACCUUAAUGGGGGAGUGGAAGAUGGGUCCUGUCCUGUGCCACCUGGUGCCCUAUGCCCAGGGCCUGGCAGUACAAGUAUCCACAAUCACCUUGACAGUAAUUGCCCUGGACCGGCACAGGUGCAUCGUCUACCACCUGGAGAGCAAGAUCUCCAAGCGUAUCAGCUUCCUGAUUAUUGGCUUGGCCUGGGGCAUCAGUGCCCUGCUGGCAAGUCCCCUGGCCAUCUUCCGGGAGUAUUCACUGAUUGAGAUCAUUCCGGAUUUUGAGAUUGUAGCCUGUACUGAAAAAUGGCCUGGUGAGGAGAAGAGCAUCUAUGGCACUGUCUACAGUCUUUCUUCCUUGCUGAUCUUGUAUGUUUUGCCUCUGGGCAUCAUAUCAUUUUCCUACACUCGCAUUUGGAGUAAACUGAAGAACCAUGUCAGUCCUGGAGCUGCAAAUGACCACUACCAUCAGCGAAGGCAAAAAACCACCAAAAUGCUGGUGUGCGUGGUGGUGGUGUUUGCGGUCAGCUGGCUGCCUCUCCAUGCCUUCCAGCUUGCCGUUGACAUUGACAGCCAUGUCCUGGACUUGAAGGAGUACAAACUCAUCUUCACAGUAUUCCACAUCAUCGCCAUGUGCUCCACUUUUGCCAAUCCCCUUCUCUAUGGCUGGAUGAAUAGCAACUAUAGAAAGGCUUUCCUCUCUGCCUUCCGCUGUGAGCAGCGGUUGGAUGCCAUUCACUCUGAGGUGUCUGUGACAUUCAAGGCUAAAAAGAACCUGGAGGUCAGAAAAAAUAGUGGCCCCAAUGACUCUUUCACAGAGGCUACCAAUGUCUAAGGAAGCUAGGGUGUGAAAAUGUAUGAAC